GCAAGAGCCGCAGUGUGUGUAAGGGCUUUCAAGUCUCUCUUACUUGAGUGGUAACUGUUCUUUGGCUGAGUGGGAUGUUCCAGUACUUGUUUUUCUCUGUCUCCUUCAUCAUCCAGUUGCAGCCGGUGUCUUUGAUGGCCCUGGACCCCUGCUCUGCCUACAUCAGCCUGAAUGAGCCCUGGAGGAACACAGAUCAUCAGAUAAACGGUUCCCACGGCCAGCCGACAUGCGACAGUCAAAUCGAUGGGGAGUGGUAUCGCUUCACUGGCAUGGCUGGCGAUGCUAUGCCUACUUUCUGCAUCCCGGAGAACCACUGUGGCACCCAUGCUCCCAUCUGGCUGAACGGUAGCCACCCGCGAGAGUCAGAUGGCAUUGUCCCACGCCAAGCCUGUGCCAGCUUCAAUGGGAACUGCUGCCUUUGGAAUACCACGAUUGACGUCAAGGCGUGUCCGGGCGGGUAUUAUGUGUAUCACUUAACCAAGCCUAGCGUUUGUUUCCACGCAUACUGUGGGCAUUUUUAUGACAUCUGUGAUGUGGUGGAUUGCCAGGGCUCCUGCCUGGACACCAGUGACUGCACGUGUUCCCUGGGGACAACACUAGGACCUGAUGGACAGACGUGUCUUGAUGAAAAUGAAUGUGAGCAGAACAAUGGAGGCUGCAGCGAAUUUUGUGUUAACCUGAAGAACUCCUACCGCUGUGAGUGUGGGAUCGGGCGCACGCUGGGAAGUGACGGGAAAACCUGUGAAGAAAUUGAAGGCUGUCACAAUAACAAUGGAGGCUGCAGCCAUACCUGUAUUGAAGUGGAAGACACUUACCAAUGUGAGUGUCCGAGAGGACUUGUCCUGUCAGAGGACAACCAUACUUGCCAAGUUCCAGUGCUGUGCAAGUCCAGCUCUAUUGAGGUGAGCAUCCCAAAGGACCUGGUUGGAGGCCUGGACCUUUCCCUCAUCAACACUUCCUGCAAAGGAGUAUCCAAUGGCACUCACGUCAACAUUCACUUCUCUUUGAAGUCCUGCGGCACUGUUGUAGAUGUCAUAAAUGAUAAAAUCAUUGCCACCAAUCUGGUGACAGGCUUGCCAAAGCAAACUCCAGGAAGCAAUGGGGACAUCAUUGUCCGUACCAGCAAGCUGCUGAUCCCGGUGACCUGCGAGUUCCCACGCCGGUACACUAUCUCUGAAGGUUAUGUGCCCAACCUCAAGAACUCUCCCUUGGAAAUCAUGAGCCGCAACCAGGGCAUCUUUCCCUUCACUCUUGAGAUCUUCAAAGACAAAGACUUCGAUGAACCCUACAGGGGUGCUCUCCCCACCCUCAAGCUUCGGGACUCUCUGUACUUUGGGAUUGAACCUUUGGUACAUGUCAAUGGACUAGAGACACUGGUAGAGAGCUGCUUUGCCACUCCCACCUCAAAAAUCGAUGAGAUCCUGAAGUACUACCUGAUUCAAGAUGGCUGCGUUUCGGAUGAUUCGGUGAAACAGUACACGUCAAAGGACCAUCUUGCCAAGCAUUUCCAGGUUCCUGUGUUCAAGUUUGUGGGCAAAGACAACAAGGAGGUCUUCUUGCAUUGCCGCAUCCUCGUGUGCGGGGCGCUGGAUGAGAGCUCUCGCUGCGCCCAGGGCUGCCGGAGACGGCUGCGCAGGUCAGCUGAGACGGAGGAAGAGGAGGAGGAGGAAUCUGUUCAUGUGGCAAACCAGAUUCUGACAGGUGGCCCCAUCAGAAUCGACUUUGAUGACUAA